AUGACUUACAACGAUGUUCCAAUGACUUACAAUGAUUUUCCAAUGACUUACAAUGAUGUUCCAAUGACUUACAACGAUGUUCCAAUGACUUACAAUGAUGUUCCAAUGACUUACAACCAUGUUCCAAUGACUUACAACCAUGUUCCAAUGACUUACAACGAUGUUCCAAUGACUUACAACGAUGUUCCAAUGACUUACAACGAUGUUCCAAUGACUUACAACGAUGUUCCAAUGACUUACAACGAUGUUCCAAUGACUUACAACGAUGUUCCAAUGACUUACAACGAUGUUCCAAUGACUUACAACGAUGUUCCAAUGACUUACAACGAUGUUCCAAUGACUUACAAUGAUGUUCCAAUGACUUACAAUGAUGUUCCAAUGACUUACAAUGAUGUUCCAACGACUUACAAUGAUGUUCCAAUGACUUACAACGAUGUUCCAAUGACUUACAACGAUGUUCCAAUGACUUACAACGAUGUUCCAAUGACUUACAACGAUGUUCCAAUGACUUACAACCAUGUUCCAAUGACUUACAAUGAUGUUCCAAUGACUUACAACCAUGUUCCAAUGACUUACAAUGAUGUUCCAACGACUCACAAUGAUGUUCCAAUGACUUACAAUGAUGUUCCAAUGACUUACAACCAUGUUCCAAUGACUUACAAUGAUGUUCCAAUGACUUACAACGAUGUUCCAAUGACUUACAAUGAUGUUCCAAUGACUUACAACGAUGUUCCAAUGACUUACAACCAUGUUCCAAUGACUUACAACCAUGUUCCAAUGACUUACAACCAUGUUCCAAUGACUUACGAUGAUGUUCCAAUGACUUACAACCAUGUUCCACUGACUUACAACCAUGUUCCACUGACUUACAACCAUGUUCCAAUGAAAUAG